UUUCAUCAAAAUCUUCAAUACGUGACGUUAUGUUUUUGUCACCAGAAGCCGAGGGGUCCUCUCUCGUCUUUCUUUCACUUCUCCAGAAAGCGCAGAGGAGACUUUCGCAGCCCUGACGCCCUCGUAAGAGACGCUAUUUGACCACAAACACAGUACAUGAUGAAUGCUGUGGGGAGUGAUGGGAGCGUUCAGCAUUGUUAAGUGAGCUUAGUUGUUUGGUUAUCUGGAGUGUGCAUGGACUGAUGAACGCUGUCGAGCCUCCGACAACUAACAGAUCACCGACACCGAGAGAUAGAAUGCAGAUAUGACGACGGUUUUGUUGCUGAGAACUCCAUCUGAGAUUUGAGGAUUGUUAUGUGAGCUCAGGUGAAGUCCCAUCAUUUUAUGCUGGUGGAGAGGAGAGAGAUGCUUCACUCGGCUGCCAUGACAACAGGACUUAUCUUUGUCAACUGGCUCUUGUACACCAGCGCAUGGGGUAACCCCAUUGUGUCUGUGCCAGAGGGCGGAGAAAAAGAGCGUUUGGAGCGAGUUUUGACCCAGUCCAAAGAGAGCGCGCUGAGUCCCAGUGCAAAGCAGCGUCUGGAGGAGAUUAGUAAUCUUGAACUGGAAGGGAUCAAUGGGGGAAACAAAUCCAGUGCUAGAACCCGAUCCAAUUUAAGUCCCAUGAGACGAGUAUCCAAAAAGAAUUUAGAAGCCUGGGGCGAGCAGACCGAAGAAACUCCCACGGAGGGGGCGAACGUAUCUGUCGAGUCCAUCGAUGAGUAUGCGUACCCCGAUUACAGGGGCAAGGGCUGCAUGGAUGAGACAGGUUUUGUGUUCGCCAUAGGGGAGAAAUUUACUCCGGGACCAUCUACGUGUCCCUGCUUGUGCACCGACGAAGGUCCUUUUUGCGCCCAGCCUGAUUGUCCGAAACUUCACCCCCGUUGCCUGCGUGUUGACACUAGCCAGUGUUGUCCACAGUGCAAAGAAAAGAAAAACUACUGUGAAUUCAGAGGGAAGAUAUACUCAUCUUUGGAGGAGUUUAAGGUGUCUUCGUGUGAGAAGUGCCGUUGUGAGCCAAGCGGAGAGGUUUUGUGUUCGGUGUCAGCUUGCCCACAGACAGAUUGCGUUGAUCCAGAAUAUGAGCCCGACCAGUGCUGCCCAGUGUGCAAGAGCGGGCCAAACUGCUAUGCGGACAUGGCUGUGAUCCCGGCCGGCCGAGAGGUCAAGAUCAACGCAUGCACCAUCUGCUACUGCACAUACGAGGAGGGCACCUGGCGUAUCGAGCGGCAGGCCACCUGCAGCAAGAAUGAGUGCCAGCCGAGCUAAGGUGGCAACGCUCCCCGGCCUUCGCUCAGACAGCUGCGUAACGGCCGUCCCAGCUGCGGUCUGUAUCUGCUCAGCACGGUGACCCCUGGCCUCACACGCAGCCAAUACGCUGGCCCAGAGUGAUGUUACAUCAGUCACGGCCAUUUGUGACAGCUCAUGACUAUAUGAACUCAGAGUGUCCAAAAGCAUGCAGCGGAUGGAGCGGAUAACCUGGGAACACGACCAAAGGCCAGAGUGCUAAAUGCUAAAUUCCUCACGCUGCGAUGGAGCCUCUGAGUUGACAUAGCGUCAUGACGAGUGACAUUUAUACAUUAGAGUUACACAUAUAUAGCGUUAGAAUCAAGAGGCAUGGAGUUAAAUUCAACUAUAUUAGUAUUUCAACUUUAUAUUGAGAUUUAUAACCCAUAUAAAGGAUAUUUAUUUAUGUAUGUGCUGGUGAAACAAUAACGAUUAAAAUAUCUGAUAUUUUUUAUAGCCACUGUAUUUUGAUAUGCAGUUACGUUUAAUACCGGGUCCGACUGCUUAUCACAAUCCAUCUAAUGGGAAUGUAUUACACACCUGCCUGUGCGUCUGUCACAAGUCUGGAGGGAGGUUUCGUCAAAGAUGACAAGCUGCAGUCAGCAAUCGCAUACAACAUCUAACCCGAUGCCUUUUCAGGAUAGUAAAUGAAGCAGGAUUUGGAAGGGAAUCCAAAAAAAGAUGGAAAAAAGCUGCUUGCUCAUGUGUGCGUUCAUGUCUCUAUUUUGCUCUUAACGGAGGUUAAUUUUGCUAGUGAGAAGUGUUUUUAUGUACGUCUGU